GCUGGCUGCGUUGGCCCUCUGCCAACGGCCGGGCUGAUUGGAUUUUUGUCUAACAAUGCCAGCGAUACUCACUGGAAUGACGAGUACCUCGGGGUGGGUGCCACGGUGUCUACGGGGACGACGACGAAGGUUGAGAAUGGCUUCCAGCUGGCAGGGCGCGGCACACGGAUUGUGUGGCCAGUGGUCAGGCAGGAGGAUAAUCCAGUGCGGAGUUAUGUGGGUGAGGAGCUGACGCUUGUGGCGACGGUGACCAUCAGCAAAGUUCCAACGGGCGUCACUUCGUUGCUGGGCGUGAACACGGUGGGCCUCACCGGAGAUCGUCUGGGGCUGUGGCACGACGAGCAUCAGCACUGGAAGACGAUGCUCAGGGAGGAAGGGAAUGCAUCAGCGGUUACGUGGGAGGUGGGGACGGUGUACUGGGUGGCGCUCACGGUGCAGAAAGACGGCUGCUCGGCGUACGUCGAUGGGCAGCUUGUGGGGAGUUUGGGGGAUCAAGGCGUAUCUCCUUUGGAAGCUCCACAUUCCUCUGGAGUUGGUCUUGGGCGGCCUCUGCUGGGAAUGCCAUCUGAAAUGAUCUCAAACAUCUACUUUGAGGGUUACGGGGAUGACACCGAGGAAGACACAGAGAGCCACGUGACGGUGACGAACGUCUUGUUGUACAAUCGCUGCUUCAACGGCAGUGAGAUUGCGGCACUGAUGAGGAGGAAAGAGGUUGGGACGGCGCCAGGCCCGAACAACGCCUCCGUCCCACAUGCCAACAGGGUUGUGGAAGCAGCGUCAAAGGAGGUUGGCGGCGGCGACAGUUCUGUGCGUGGGCAUCUGUCUGGAAUGCUGUUGCCGCUGCUUCUGCUGCUUGUAAUGUGGGGCUUCUCCGCGCUUUGCUGA